CAAGUGUGUUGUGUACAUAUGUAAAGUAGCAAGUCUUACGGAACUAGACCCUUGCUAGUUGUUUUCCGGGCCGUCCCGUUCGCGUCCGUCUUGCCUUCGUUAUCAAGUUGUAGGAGCCGCCGGUGCCGCUGCCAACACUCAAUCGCGCCUAUAAGGUGGAUUUUCAACUCUCUCUACUCGACGUCAGUACAGUAUCCGAUCUUUGAGGACGGGCAUCCCUAUUUUGGCAGAGAAUGAACGUGUUAGGUCGCAGCCAUGAAAACUGGCACGUAUGGACGCUGGCCAGCUUGUGCCGCGCGACUGAACCAACCAACACUGAUUUGCCGCCGACUUGCAUGACCUGCAUGCCGCCACAGCCUCAUCAACCCCUCAUCCUUUGCGCCGUCCUGGUCCGCGCUGAGUUUCGCUCACCAUUGUCUACUUAGAUGAGUUCGUGGACUCUAUGGGUUACUUUAAACGCUUGAAGAAGUUCUUCCGCCAUGGGAGCAGCGACACCGACAGGCACCACCCGGGUGUCGACCAAUCCUCACAGGUACCUGUGUCACUCGCCAAUGCCAGCUCAUCUGUGGCCAAUGCCGUCCCAAGCCUGCCAUCUACUGCUAAUCAGCAAUGCUCGAUCAACGAUUCAAAACCGCCCGCAGCUACGAAAUCGCUAUCUUCGGCAUCGCCUGACCAAACUUCGAUUCCAGCAGCGCAUGCUACCCCGCUACCCUCCCAAACAACCCUGCCACAAUCGACGGCCGGGUUGUCAUUAUGGAAUCGUGCAUACGAGGCUCUUCAAAGCGAGGAUGAACAGCUGGUGAAUCGAUACGAGAAGUUGCUUUCAAGGCAACUGCCGGAGCGUGGCACUAGCAUCAUCAUGUCACAAAACAUGCCUCAACAAAAAGAAGACUUAAAUUAUGCCGAGAACCAGAUCAACGCGGAGCCAGACGAACGCCGAAACCAGCUCAUCGAGAUUCUCGACCAGGGUCUUAAGCAAGCUGACGAAGGAAGGAUCAAGUAUACUAUCUUCGGCCGCGAAUUUGACCUGAAAGAUCAGAUGGCACAAGCUACCAAAGUCAUCCAGGAUUUCAAGAGCCUUGUUGGCGAGGCUGUCAAGGUCUCUCCUGAGGCAUCACUUGCGUGGGCCGGUGUCUGUGUCUUUCUGCCGCUCUUGGCCAAUCCCAGCACAGUAGAGAAAGAGAACCGCGACGGCUUGGAUCACGUCAAUUCUCGUAUCCGUUACUAUGUCGAGCUUGAAAGCCUUCUAUGGCCAAAGAAGUUGUGCGCCCCCCGCUUGAAAGGGGAAUUUGAGAUUCAUAUUGUCGACCUCUACAAACACAUCCUCGAGUUCCAGUUUAAGACGGUCUUACGACUUUACAGGACAUCGAUUGCUCAAGUGAGUCGGGACAUGAUUCGCUACGACGACUGGCAGGGAGCGCUCAAAAAAGUUAAAGAACUAGAAAAAAUAGUGUGGGAUGAGUCAAAGACGGUAAAUACUACGGCUUCACGGCAAGCCCUAGAAGAGAUUCAUACGGCGGCGGGACAACACUACAGUUUUAUGCAAUCCUCGCUGAAAUCUUUGCUUUCUAUUACGGAAGAGCAGUUGCAGGUCAACAAGCGCACGAACGAGAUACUCGAGGAUCAUCACCCUAUAGACCUCCCCACUGUCAACGAAGCGCGUUAUGAUAGCGCCGAUGUCCAAGACAGCCCGAGAUGCGAGGACGGUACUCGAGCCAGCAUUCAGGAAGCGAUUGUCCAAUGGGCGGGUGAGGAGGUUGGGGGACCUCUCCUCUGGCUCCUUGGCCCGGCGGGGACUGGCAAGUCUACUAUCGCGCGGACUGUCGCCAACUCCUUCGCCGAGAAGAAGCAGCUAGCUGCUGGCUACUUCUUCAAGAGAGGAGAACAGGGUCGGAACAACACCGCCCGAUUAUUUCCCACUAUUGCCAUGCAGCUAGUCGACACGAUCCCCUCCUUUAAAGGCCUUCUUCGUCAACAUCUUGACAGCCUUGACAAAGGCGCAUUAGAGACUAAAGCUCUCAAGUUCCAGUUCGACCAGCUCCUCCUUAAACCUCUAACGUGUUUACCUCCCAGUAACGCAUCGGACCGACUCAAGGUGAUUAUUAUCGACGCCUUAGACGAGUGCGAGUGCACUCAGAACCAACUCUCAGAAAUUCUCAGUCUGCUUUACCAAUUACAAACUCUUAGUACGGUACGCUUGCGCGUAUUGCUUACAAGCAGGUUAACUCCCGGGAUUGAUCACGCCUUUAAGCCUCUCCGGCGAGAGAAGUUGGUUCGCAACCUAGAUCUCUACCAAAACUUCUCCGAAGAAACCCAGGCCGAUAUCCAAACCUUUUUAGAGACAAAAUUCGCGGAUAUCAAAAUAAGAACCUCAGUCCAACGAAACCCUUGGCCUUCCCCUGAAGAGUUGGAUCGCUUAGUGCGAUUGGCUACGGAUCCCGAACCCCUCUUCAUCUAUGCCGCAACACUCUGUCGCUUUGUCUACGAUGAACAGCGCCCGAAGGACCCGAGGAAACAGUUGACGAGAUGGCUUAAGCAGUGCGAUAGCAACGUGUCUCAGCUAAACCAGAUCUACGAACCCGUCCUUAACCAGGUAUUCCUUGGUGACGACGAUGCGGAUUCUGACCAACAGCUACAAUUCUUAGGCGGUCUUAUCCUACUCGCCAACCCACUUCCAGCUGCAUCUAUCGCCUCUCUUCUUGACAUGGAUGUGGACGACAUCAAAUGGUGGCUCCCACAGUUGCACGCAGUUCUGGACAUACCUGCCGAGUCCAACACACCUAUCCGACUACUACACAAGUCGUUCAGCGACUUCCUUCUCAGUCAAGCCAAAAUUAGCACUAGCAAGUAUCGAAUAGAUUUUAAAGAGACACACGCCACACUGGCAGCAAAAUGUAUCCAACGUAUGAAGUCGGGACUCAAACGGAAUAUCUGCGACAUUGCAACGCCUGGCACGUCUAGAGACGACAUCGAGAAGCAGACUAUAGACAAUUGCAUUCCUGCCGACCUCGAAUAUGCCUGCUUAUACUGGGUACAUCACUUGCAUUGCAGCAAGCGAUCAGUGAACGAUGUCUACGACUUUCUGAAAACCCACUUUCUUCACUGGCUGGAGGCUCUUUCACUCCUCGCAAGACUCUCAGAUGGUGUCAUUGCGGUCACACAGCUCAUAGAUAUAAUCAAAGGCUUGCUGAUUUUAUGAAAGAUGCUCGCCGUUUCAUUCUGUCGCAGAAAGGUGGCAUCGAGA